CAACGUCGGCUAGCCCUUAGCUUCUGACUGUUUGGGACCUUACGGGUCUUGCAGUCCGUGUAAACAUUACAUUAUCCCGCCACAUUAAAACUGGAGGCGAUAAUUUAGCUCCAGGAUGUGCUCCGUUCUCGGAUGUGAUUCAUGGCGUCGAGAUGCCAGACGGUUUAAGAUACCGGAGGAUCCGGAGAGGAGAUUGCAGUGGGUUCAGUUCAUCCUGGAAGCCAAUGAACAGCGACUUAAAGAAUCGUGCUGGACUGAAAUUACCAUUUGUAAUGAACACUUUAAUGAAGACUGUUUUGAACACCUGAGUGGCACGGUCCAACUCAGGUCCAGUGCUGUCCCAUCAGUGUGUGUCAAGUCAGAACCAGAGGAACCUCUGGAGAGCCCACAAUAUGUGAUACCUGAAGAAACCACAGAAAUUGCUUCUCAACUUAGAACAUGUGAUCGUCCAUCUUACUAUCCUGAAGAAUCAGAACUAAUUUCAAGGGAUGCCCAAGAAAGCCCAGCGCCAAGUUAUGCUUCAGAGAUGUCUGAUUAUGGUCAAAUGCUACACAACAUUGUGAACAUUGAGAUGAUUAGGAAAAAAGCAGCAACUCUGCAGAUGAAAGGGAGGUACGCUGUGAAUGAAAAAUGUCUCCUCCAGUUGUUCAGCCCCAAGUGCCCGUCAUGUGGCUCUAAAGUAAAGACAGAGAAGGUCACCCAUGGAGUGCUCAUCGUUGUGAACCAACAGUGCCUUCAGUGUGAUUACAGGAACCAAUGGAAAAGCCAAAUCAAUGCCCCCACAGCUGAAGAUCAACCCCUGACAGAAGUAGUAGUGGAAGUAGAUGCAACUUCAGAGACCCAGACGAUGUCACCAGACAACCACACUACUGAGGAUCCCAUGGAGGAAACGGAGGAGUCAGGUGAUGAAAGUAACAUGGACUCAGACAAGGAUUGGGAUCCUGAGGAGGAAUUUUUACUACCGAACCAGCUUCAUGAAGAAUCUGGGGGGGAAACAGAAGAUGAAGAGGAAGAAGACGGGGUUUGUCCUCCACUUGCCGUCAAACACAGUCAGCUCUGCACAGAUUGUGGAACUUUUUUUAAUAAACAGAAGCCUCACACAUGUGAACACAAAACUAAACCCUAUGCUUGCAAUAUUUGUGGUAGGAGAUGUGUUAGUGAUGUUGCACUAAAUGCUCACAGCAGAAUCCACGAUGAAAACUAUGAACACCCAUGCAAAUACUGCAAUGUUACAUUCAAAACAAAGGUGGACAAAAUCACUCACCAGCAGAUCCACCUAAUGGAAGAAAAACCAUACAAAUGUCCCGACUGUUCAGAGACAUUUACCACAAAUAAGGAACGCAGAAUCCACCUGAGAGAUCACGGCCACUUAAAAUGUCACAUCUGCAAUCUUGACUUUACCAAUUCCACUGCUCUUCAGAGGCACUUAGCUGUGCACACAGGAGUGAAGCGGUAUAAGUGUUCAGUGUGCCAACGUGACUUCAGCCAGGCAGGCCACCUCAAAUCCCACAUGCGUCUUCACACAGGGGAGAGGCCUUUUCAAUGCCAGCAGUGUGAUCAAAGUUUUAAUCACAAUGUGAGCCUGAAGAGUCAUGUCCAGCGUUACCACUCAUCAAGUUCAGGACUUGAACCGAAGAAGGUUAAAAGAAUAAAAACUGUACGCAACACUGGUGAUGGUGAGAAGUAUGGGAACAAGAGAGACACAGUCUCUGGGUUAGACAACAAUAUAAAAGAACAUGAUGAAGAAGAGGAGGUGCAGAAGAGGAGAACAGUUAAGCCAAAACGUAAAAAGAGGAGCACAGGUAGACCCAUAGGAAGGCCAAAGAGAAAUGAAGGGAAAAGUGCAAGGCCAGUGAAGAGAAGGCGCUGCAGUGAAAAAGAAAGUGACAAUGAGCCAACACAAAGCAACACGUCCUUUGACUCAACAAAGACUCAGAUUGACCCCAAACAUUGACUCUGAUUUUGACCCCAAAGAAAAGAAAAAUAAAUGGCACAGCAGCCAGAACAAUAAAACAUUAGGGAAGCACGGAAAAAGGGAAGACCAGGAAAGAAUUGAAGUGAACAAACCUAACAUAAAAAAAGGGUAAUUUUUGAGUAUUCUUAAUUGCAAAAUCAGUUUAGUGGCAUACAGAAGUCUGCAGUUUAUCAUGAUAUAUUUAAACAGUUUAAGUAUAAACACAGUUUUUCUUCCAAACUUCAUUGUUUGUCACUGGUAAGACUUAAUGACUUCAAUGCAAGUUACUUGCAUGAAUCCUGUUCACCGUUGUGUAUAGAGACAAACUGAUUACAAAUGAAUUGUAUGUUUAUUAAGGAGACGGACACCGCUAUGUCUUUCACAUCUUAACUCCACGUUGAACUCCAACUUGGCUGCGCAUGCGCGCUACAACAGGUUAACCAGGACCGUAUUCACUAAGAUCCAAAAACACCAGUUUGCAUUGUAACAUAAUAAACAUUAUGUGGUCAAUAUACCACAUUAUCUCCCCCUUUUAGCUGAGAACUUCCAAAUAAAAUCGUACAAUAAAACACUGAAAUAUGAAUGACCUAUUUCCUUAAUUGAACACAAUUGUAGUUAUUAACCAACACAAUAUGGUCUCAGUUUUAACUCUAAUAUUUUCCAUAACACAAGUAUACUCCUUUAAACAACAUAACAUCAUAACAACACUUUUCUUACAGCGCUUCAGUAUGUUAGUGUCAUGAAAGUGUGUGUGUGCAUUUUCAGUUGUGUGAGUGAUCAAGAGUGUGUGUGAGGAAUGACAAUUUCCACAUUAAUGACAUUUUUCUCUUAUCGCUUAGGUGGUUUAGUCUCUCUGUUUGAGCGUCUCAUAGCCACAGGUUCAGGCUCGAGAUGCUCUGGUGCUGGCAUGUUACAGUCCAUAAUGUCCAGAGAACUGCUGCCAAUAGGCCCAUUAUCCUGUCCUGCCUGUGGUUCUGUAUCAUCAGGCUCAGCAACAGCGAGGGGACGUAGCUGAUCUCCGUGGCAUCUGUGCACUGUGUCAGAGUCCCGCUCUAAGACUUCGUAUGACACAGGGCCAGUCUGUCUCACAACCAUUCCUGGAAUCCAUUUGUGAUCUCCUCCCACUGUGCUUCGCAGAUACACAGAGUUCCUCUUUGAAGAAUCGGUCUGCCGCACUGCAGGUCAUGGCGAUCUUUUUGUUGAUAUUGUUUCUUUCGCAGUCUCUUUUGUGCAAGGUUUAAGGAAAUCCAGUCUUGUCCUGAUGUCUCUGUGCAGAAACAGAUCUGCUGGGGAUUGUCCAGUUGUGCAUUUUGGUGUUGAUCGAUACUGCAACACAAACACUGAAAUCUUGUCUUCAAUGAUCAGGCAGGUGUUAGUAAGCUUUUUCAUACCUGACUCUCUGCCAGACCAUUUGUUGCUGGAUGUCCCGGGGCACUUGUGGUAUGCAGUAUUCCAUUCAGCCUGGUAAAAGUCUGUAACUCCUCCGAGGUGAAUGGGGUAUCGUGCCUGUGACGAUUUGCUCAGGCAGACCAUAGGAGGCAAAUAAUCUCCUCAGCCUUGUGAUGGUAGUCUGCGCUGUGAUUUGUGACAUGCGAAACACUUCCAGCCAUUUUGCAUAUGCAUCCACAACGAUCAUGAACAUGUUGUUCAGAAAGGGUCCAGCAAAGUCAAUGUGAAGUCUUUUCCAGGACUCACCUGGAAACUCCCUUGGGUGAAGUGGGACAUGCUGAUUUUCUGAUCCAGCUGGCAAGUUUCACAUUCUUUGCAGACCUGCUCCACAUCAGCGUCCAGAUUUACUAUGCCUUGGUGACCAGUGUGAAUCUCUUUUAACACAUUUUUCUCAUCUUUGAAGGUACGAUGACUCAGGUCCUCCA